GGAAUUUACAACACAAUAACCCAAAGCUUACCACUAUCAUUGUGCUGUACAGUGUGUGCACCGUUCUGUGGUGCAAGUGAAGUCGGAAGGAAGUAUAGCGUAGUUAGCUGAACGAGAACCUUUGUGGAAAAUGGGUGUUAAAGUCAGGGUGGAAUAUUGCGGAGGAUGAGGCUACGAGCCCCGCUAUCAGGAACUGGAGCGUGUAGUAUGCGCGGAGUUCACUGAAGCGGAGGUGACGGGGUUCGUCGGGAGGCAAGGCAGCUUUGAGAUUGAAGUGAACGGACAGUUGAUCUUCUCGAAGCUUGAAACCAGUGGCUUCCCGUACGAAGAUGACAUCAUGGAUGCAAUUCAGAAAGCCCACGAUGGCAAGCCACUCGAAAAGAUCACAAAGAGUCGCCCUCCCUGCGUUAUCCUAUAACCUUGGGAGCUCAAUUCACGGCACUCUCCAUGCCCUGGUGGAGCUCUUCCAACUUUGCCCUCUCCCUCCUUUUGUCCUUCACUCCAAGCAUAAAUGUUCUCACAUAUUCCUGUGACAUUGUAGCAGCGGUUAUAUACCUUCAAAGUUCAUUUGAAGCAACAAUAUGCCAGGAAAAUGUUAAAUUCCACGAUGCAGUCUCUCCUCCAGGCAUUACCAUAUGUUUCUGGCAGGGAAAUCUAGUCAGUUGUUCCAGUUGGUCUUAAAUCUGUAUUUUCUAUGUUUAUUUACAACAUGCCUCUGAUUCUACUUACAUAUUUUCCACUGCUGAGUACUUUUUAGAUGGCAGCAACAGUUUCUAAGCCACAGAGCUACAAUUUUAUUGUGGAAGUGAAGUAUAAAGCUUGACAUUUGGAGAUGAGGGUUUCCAGGUCUUUUCCCGCUCUUUUAGGGUGUCAGGUCGUCAAUGAUUAUUUCAGCCGAAAUGCAAAAAGUUGAAGUAUGAAACAUAAAGCCCUGAUGCCCUCACAUCUUACCCCUUCGGGGUACGGGUAUAAGAAGCGGGAGGAAACCUAGACCCCCCAAACCCCAGUUCAGACCUACCAUCGUGGUCAACAUUUUGAGACCGAAUUACCUUAUUCAUAUAGUGUCUGUAGCUUGGUGCACAAACUGUAAUUCUUAUGCCAUUAAUAGAGCACUAGAGGAGAAAUGUGUAUUAGCAAUAUUGUGCUUUACACAACUGAGCACUGAUGCAGAAUUUAAUUAUCCAUGCAGUUAACGGUUUAGAUUUUAGUCUAGUGAAAUCCUCAAGGCAGUAUAAGUAAAAUCUGAGCCGAUGCAGUACAAUUUGCCCAGUAUCGUUAAUUUCAAAAUAAUUUCCUCAUACAGUAUGAAAUGUUUAUUGGGCUUUUUUAGUCAGUCAGUUCAAGUCAAACCAAUACAUUUGAUAUUUGUGCAUAUAAUGCCAGAAUGAGGUGAAUUUGUUUUAGUUUUUUUAAGAAGGGUGGGAUCUCAAGUUAUAGCCAGGUCAGAUGAAGUUCAGAUGUUGGCCAGUAAUGACCACUAAUCAGUGGUUUAUCUCUUGAAGUCUCACCAAUUCUGCAGUUGCAGCUUGCUGAAGACUGUGUUGCUUUUUCACAAAUUCUUGUCUUAUACUCUUUUCCAAAAUGCUCAGUAAUGAAGAGAAUCUAGUGCCACCUGUUAAUGUAUAUGUGAAACCUUGUGUACAAAUGCAAUGCUAAUCACAGACUACGAAAUUACAAAUUUUGGCUAUUGAUGAAAUAAAAAAAAUCUUGGAAAUAU